CUAUGGCAUUGCAUGGGUACAGCCCCGGGUACUGGUAUCACCAGGCCCGGUGGAAACCCAUGUCUGGGGAAGGGCCCUGGAUCACAAUCAUGCUCAACUACGAUGGGGGUGAUGAAGUGAGGAUGAAGAUUAAUGUGGAAGGGGCUAAAGAGGUGGAGAUGCAGACUGAUGGAAAACUGCAGGAUGCGAUCACGGAGGCGAAAGACCAUGCGGAGAGGCGCUGCAAGAGGGACGGAGUGACUGCAAGGUUGCAGGUAACGGUCUCGUAUCAUGAGAUCGAGACCUCCAUGGACACAGAGGACCUGGAACAAGCCCACGUGGACAGGGUCUCGGGUGGGGAGAGCGAGCUGAGUGAGGCAGGUAAUCGGGAGAUGGACCUCAUGUCCUGUAAUAGACCAGACGAGAUCCAGAGGUAUCACCGGGCCGCGAAGCCGGUGGAAGAGGGACCCGAGGCCAGCUCCCGACAGCUGACACCCAGAGGCCGUGGGACGGGUGAAAGGCAUAUCAGGGGGAAAAGACAGGUCUGAGGGGGCGUGAGAGAGGGUGAACGGGACUGAACCCGAAACAGAGAGACUGAGGCAAGGGCAGACACGAGGGCGCACGCGUGAC